GGUUUCUCCCAGAACCGACCACCGUGGUCGUGGGAGAACCUGCCCGUAGCUUCAAAUACGAUCCACGACAACCGCUCUAUGAGCAGUACAAGAACGCUCACGGCGCUGUCGAUGGGGAGGAGGAACUGGAGAUGAUUUUGCGUCAGCUCAACUCUUCGACGGAUCUUAAUAAUUCGUUGGGAACGCAACCAGCACCGCCGGUGCACUCAAUCAGCCAUCCACAUCCCAACAGUAUACCUUCGCCUCCGCCUCCGCAUUUGGGGAAACGAUCUGCAAAUGAUGAUAUCCCUCGAGCGCAUCAUGUUCCGGAGAACGCAUCAUCUUCGGACCAUGCAUUUAGACAAUCGAGUCCAGCCUCCUGUGCCCCACUCCGAGACUCCGGCCAAGCACCUAAGAGAAGAAGGGGCAGGAGCGGCGUCGGGAACACCGCAACGCCGCGAAAAUCGCCGGUGCAGCCGCUGCCUAGCUCUCAGGGUCGGCCAAAUACCUCUGGUUUACACUGUUCUCCCGAACGUGCACUAUCGCCUUGCCGUGGCUCCAGUUCCGAUUUCGUGAAAUCCGAAGUAGCAUCUGACGGUUAUGCGUCCUCUACUUUCAGUGAUCACGGAAACGGACAUGCCUACCGAGGUGACUCAGUGGUUGAACUCACAUCUGAUGGUGCAUCAACAGUCAGGGCAGGAAGUACCGGUGGAAAUUACCAUCAUUCAGUGAUGUCAAGGGUGCGCAUUUCACCCCAAGGUUUCUCGAAUCGCGAGCACAUGCUGCAGCAUCCGCAGAUGCAAACGGCGGAGCAGGUACAUCAAUUACAACAUCCACCAUUUAUACCAUUAUCAUAUAAUUCACAGGACGGUUCACGUGUUGGCGGCGUAGCGGAAGGACAUACAGCAGGAGCAGCAGGAUCUUCAAUGCAGCGGCCCGCUGCUGAACCUAUUGAGGCCAGACCAAAAGCACGAAUUCAACCUCGGCCGCUCAGCUCCGAAGCUCCCUUGCUUGCCGAUGACCGCGUGGGCAACAUAUCAGAGUAUUCCCAUUCUCGACGAAGCUCUACACCAGCUUCGAUCACUGGUUCGACCACGGCGGCUUUCCCACCUGCAGCAGGUGUGCCCCCUGCAUCAGGCUCUGCUUCUACGGUAUACAAUCCGACCAACACGCAGCCAAUUAGCCACAGCCGGGAACCCUCGCCUGUAUACCGUUUUGCAAGCUCGGAUAGUCUGAGCACGACUAACCUCUCCCACACCGGUUCACCACAGUAUCCAAAUACUCCUCAGAGCAGUGGUGGGUUGUACCCAUCUCUGUACCUCCAUCAGACCCCAUCUGUCGGGUCUCGUACGGGGGUUCCUGCUGUGGAGCACGCUGGUCUGCUUUCAAGUCCUUCCUUUCGCAAGAUGAGACCGACUAAGGAGCUACCCUUCCGCCGCAUCCACCAUACAGCUUCAGCCGAGGGAUUACACAGAACCUCAUCUUCGCCCCUGGGUGACAGGGUUGGUGGUUUUAUGCUGCCAAACAGUGGAGGUCCCCGGUCCGCUUCUGUUCCAUAUCAGCCACACAGUCAUAACCUUUUGGACGUCACCGCACUUCCGCCCCGACCGUCGACGUCUCAGUCAUAUCAUGGAGUCGAGCUACACCAAAACGGUGCGCUCCUCGGUGAGGCCCUACAGCCAUCAUUUGACCAAUCCGGCACCCGACCCAUCUUGCCGCCUGCUCAAGACAUGUCCGCAAAUACGGUCUCUAUCUUUCCAGCCGCAUGCAACAACGACGAGAACCCGUCCUCCUGUCCUACUAACCCUGAAGCGUCGAUUAUUAUCCCUGUCAAUAAUAAUACCAUUCCUCCUGCCCACACCACUAACACCACACCCCCCAAUUAUCCCGCCUACCAUAAUUACUCCUACAGUCCAGUAUCUCAAACUUCUAUCAAUCAACGCCUCACUGAAACCUGGUCAUCCAACCCGAACUAUUCGGAUUGGGACACCGGGUACACCACAUAUGAUUCAUCAAAUCCUUAUCUUCAUGAUAUACCCGCAGGGAAUGGUAUGCCUUCGGGCGUAGUGGCUCACUACCCGGUGCUGUAGCGACGAUUUUCAGAUUUCCACGAUACUCUGCCAUCCAUGCAAGUGAUUGGCGGUAAUUUUGCGCCCACAUCCCAAUCACACAUGCACAUUAAUCCUCCUUUACUGCUCUAUAUCCUUCCAGCCGCCUCCUCACUGUCUGUGUAUCUAUUCCUCGGUCACUCUCAAACUAUCCACCCGAUCUCGUUCUUGUCCUCGAUUCGAUAAUUACCUUCUACCUCCCCCCCUUGGCCGCAGAUCACGAU